GAGAAUUCUCCCAGCUAUUCAACAUCAGGGAUUAGAUCCUAUCAGCCAGGAACACCUUACAGCUCUGGUCCUUAUGCUCAGUUCAGCACUUAUGGGCAGGCAGAUGUGGCUCAUUACAACACAGCUGCACCUAGUGAGCCAACUGGACCGGUGGAAGAAUACACGACAGUGGGGGAUCAAAAUUUAUUUUGUUCCAUCCCUAAUUUUACUGGUACGGAUAAGACCUUGCCAGAGUCAAAUGAAGUACCCAUUGGACGGGAGGCUUUGCCGAAGAUUUCAGGACUUCCACAAAAAAAUAAACAAAAACUUCCAUCUUAUGUGCCAACACCCAAGUCAAGUGUGCAUCUGGUAACCAACGGCGACGUGCCAACUUACAGACCCACACCAAAACAUGUGGCGCAAAGAAAAAAAAGUCAUACUAUUGAAUAUGAUCCUGUAAAAAACUUUGCCUUUGUUGAAAAACCAGUCUCGUGUGAUAAUGAAAGCAGUGGGGAUGAAAAGGAGGCAACAAACGGAAGAUCUAAUGGUGUUCAAACUGCCCAAAAUGAGAACCUUGAAGCUAGAUUUAGCGAUGAUGAUGUUACAGUAGAAAUUGAUAAGUGUAAAAAAAACUGGGCAGAUGAAGAUUUGACAGAUUCUGAUGAGGAUUAUAAUACAGAGAGCACACCAGCUGAUCUUCAGGACAAGUUAUCUGCCUUGCUCACACCAUCAUCCCAAAUCACAAGCAAACUGGCAACCUUAACUAGUGAAGUAGGCUCCAAGUCAGUCAAUGGCAAAACAGUUCCAUCUACAGAGUGUCAAAGAAAUUCAAACAAGAGAUCCUCCAGUGGGAAAAAGUCAUCGAAACCUCAAGCUAGUCCUGACAGCACAAGUAAUAAUAUUGAAUGUCAACCUCAGACAUCAUCUGAACAUCAUUCAUCCAAAACACAAUCUUCGAAGUCAAGCUCAAAUUCAAAAACUAAAAUUUUGUCUAACUCAUCGGGUAAAUCUCAUUCAUCAGCCAGAUCAGAAUCACAAAAAUCUGAUAAAUCUGAAUCCACAAGAUCAGACCGCAGUAAGAGAUCCUUAUCAACUGAUAAGAAAAUCUCAUCUUCGUCCAGUCAUAAAAUCCAUUCAUCGAAAGACAGUUGUAACAAAUCAAGGUCAUCUGAAAAAUCGAAUGGAAAUUCUUCGGCUGGAUCUUCCUCGUCUAAAACGAUGCAGUCAUCUCAUAAAUUAUCCUCAUCUAAAACAGACCAUGUAUCUCAUAAAUUAUCCUCAUCUAAAACAGACCAUGUAUCUCAUAAAUUAUCCUCAUCUAAAACAGACCAUGUAUCUCAUAAAUUAUCCUCAUCUAAAACAGACCAUGUAUCUAAUAAAAUAGCUUCAUCUAAUUCAGAGCAUUCAUCCUGUAAAUUACCUUUGUCAUCUAAAUCAGAGAAUUCUUCUAAGAAAUCCCCCUCUUCUAAAGCAGAAAUUUCAUCACAUAAAACACCAUCAUCAAAAAUUUCCAAAGGUAAAGAGGAUGAUUUUAAAAGUUAUCCUAAAAAAAUUAAAUCGGAAAAGAGGGAUAGUAUGAAUGAUGUGCCCGAACUUAACCUCAAGACGGAGCGGCGAACAAGCUCUUCGUCUGUUGACCAAAAUAAGAAACAUGAUGUUCCUCACAUCAAUGUCGAUUCUAAACAUUUAAAGAGACAUUCAGAUGUCAAUGUGAAAAAGGAACACCAUGAUCGAUCUCACGUCAUAGCUAAAACAGGGCAAGUUGAGCGGAGAAAUUCUAAGUGCAAGUUAGUGACCGAGAGAAGAAUCAGUGAUGUCACAACAAGUUUGUUUGGAGAUGAAAGCGAGGACUCGGAUGUUCAGAUUAUAGAACCCCCACCGCAGCCUGUGGCUCCAGUAUAUGAACUCAGUGAAUCGGACCAUGACGACGACGACGAGGCUGUCAUGUCAACAGACGAUGUGAGCCUGUUAACAGAUUCAGACUCGUUUGAAGAGUGCCUGAGAAUAUUUCAAGAGAGCGAAUUGCAGCGGGCAAGAAAAUCUUCCAGUGUUUCAAUGCCCGCUGAACAAAGCAAAAACCAUCUAGUAAGUGAACACAGUAGUAAGUAAACACAGUAGUAAAUGAACACAGUAGUAAGUGAACACUAAUGUGAGUUUUAAAAGAGAUUAAAUAUUAUUUUUAAAAAUAAUAGGGAAAAUUCAGUAGAAGAACAGUUUUUCAAGUUGUACAAUUACCAUAAAAAUGAUUUGAAAUUGUUAUGAUAUUCUAUUAUGAAAAGCUAACAUGUCUAAGGUGAACAUCAGUUUUGAUUUAGAAUAUUUAUACGGGAGAGAAUAUACUUAUUACUUUGUUCUUAUUUUUACAAAGAAAUUUUAUUUUUUUUACUGCAUCUAUAGUUGAAUUAUUAGAGAGUUCUACUUCAACUCUUGCCAUUUAAUAAUUUCUCAACACAGUAAACUGGAAGGACAUCAUUCUUAUACUGAAUUCAAUCUAAUGGAAGAAUAUUUUUUGCUUGAACUUAUUUGCAGAUCUGUUUAUGUUUAUGAUUAUAAGCAUUUAAUCAUCUCUUAGUAUAUUUAACAAACUUUGCUGUGUAAUGACCAAACAUAAUGGUCUAGUUCAAUGUUUUAGUAGUAAUGAACAUAAAAGCACCAUAUUGUCUGAAUCAGAUCAGAUGAAACAGGAGAUCAAAAUAUCUUGGACCCUAAGUUAUUAUUAUAUCACAAACAUCAACUAAAGCCGUGCUUUUCAAAGCAGCGGAUACCUCUAGGUAGAGUGAAAAAGGGGGGAGGGGGGGGCACAGAAAGAUCAGUAGAUUUUCAAGGGACUCUUAGAUGACCAUGGUGAGUGCUGGUGAAUUUCAGGAAUAAUUAUUUUGAUCAUGCUUAAAUAUUUUUUUUUUAAAUAUACUACUAAAUGUCACCUUGAAUGAGAUUCAUGUAUAGAAAUUUAUAUUUAUAUUUUUUUUAUAGAAAUGAACUUUAGAGAAAUUACCUUUGAUCAAAAGAUUGUACGGACUGCUAUUAACAUUACAAAUAGUGCAUGACCAGGUGGGAAAACGUUUUAUAUUGCUUGCGAGAGAUGAACUUAGUUGGCUCUGGUUAGUCUCAUUCAUUGCAUCUGCUUAUGUCAACAUCGAGAUGAACUUAGUUGGCUCGUGUUUGUCUCAUUCAUUGCAUCUGCUUAUGUCUUAUGUCAACAUCGACUGUGCAGUGGAUUGCGUUGCACUCAAAGUCAAGAGAUUAAAAUGACCCCUAUAAAGCUAUGUGUCAGUUACAAAGUGACAAUAUAGAUUAUAUUAUAAUUUGAGAAGAUGGAACAAAUAAUUUGUUCCAUAUGAAAUUUAAAGCAUUUACUGUUGGUUUUGAGUUUAUAUUUGGUGAAAUAGAGUUACCCUUCCCUCAAAAGACCCCAUUUUUCAUUGUUAUUUCAAGUUUUCAAGCUCAAUUUUCUGACCAUAGUGAAGUUCUCAAGACAAUAUUGGUCUGACUAUAGUGGAGUUCUCAAGACAAUAUUGGUCUGACUAUAGUGGAGUUCUCAAGACAAUAUUGGUCUGACUAUAGUGGAGUUCUCAAGACAAUAUUGGUCUGACUAUAGUGGAGUUCUCAAGACAAUAUUGGAUUUUGGAUAUCAAACAUUGCUCAGUGUCAAGGACAAAGUCUAUAGAUCUCCAGAUAUGGUCAUUUAAGAAUCCUGCAAAAGUGUCUUUGAAGCAAAUAAUGAAAACAAAACAAAUCAGUAUCAUAUCAACAAGAUUGUCCUCUGAAUUUGAAAAUAAUUGCGCAGUGAAGAAGUUAGAAAACUCUUGCUUAAUAAUUAUCCUUUAAAAUGCAGCUGUAACACUGAAUGAGUUUCAGCAGAUUUUUAUUGAAUUAAUUCAAGUAAAAGCCUCAUCCGUGUUCUGCAAUGUUCAAAUUUGUAUUUCUAUUUGACUGCGAUAGUAUCUUCCUUUUGAUGGUCGUGCCGAAAUGAUACUCUUAAUAAUGAGGUGAGACAGAUUGCCACGGCUGAGUUUAUAGCUCCAUGGGGGUGGUGGGUAGAUAAUGUUUAAGAACCACUGAACUGAAAGAAACAGCUUGCCUUUAAAAAAUUAGGUCAGAGUGUAACUAUUUUUGCAGGAUUAGAAAGUUAAUAUAAGACAGGGUUAGAGAGUAAAUAUUAAGACAGGGUCAGAUGGUAAAUAUUAAGACAUGGUGAGAGAGUAAAUAUAAGACAGGGUUAGUGAGUGAAUAUUAAGAGAGGGUUUAACAAAGAAAAGUUUUAGAAUUCUUAUAGAAUUUGUUUUCAUUUCAUUCAACAGAAAAAGUAUAAUGACUGUAUAAAUUGUAUCCUUGUUUAGCAUGAGAGAAGGGCCCAAGAAGAACCUGAUCACCUGUUGUCGUCUGUGGGCAAAAAAAGAAAGGCUCAUAAAGAUGCUGAUAAGGUGAAUCUAUUUUAGCAUUAUUGUAAAUGUACAGCAAAUGAAUUAAAUAAGCUUUGAUGAAUGGGCAGAUGUUAAUUGCAAUAGUCAUUUUCUCAUGUAGCUGAAAAGACUCCUCAUGUGAACUUAAUCAAAUAAAAAUACUUCAUUUGUGAAUUGAAAUUUACUACACAGAGGUAGUAUUUUUUUUAUUACAUAAUUUUAUUUUUAAAGCUAAAUUUUUUUGUGUCCAUAGUUGAGACGACCAAAAUCAACAACAUCUGUAUCACGAGUCAAACCUAGCCCUGCCGAAGUUAUGCACAAUCGCAUUGUAGAAAUGCAGAAAAGAGCUUUGCUGCGAGCGGCCAAGAGGGAAGGGAGAGAAUCAGAACUAGUAAAUAACCUAGUUUUAAAAUCUGUUUCAUCAUUUAAUAAUAUUAAAAGAAAGGUGUGGGGGGUCAGACUGUAAAGAAGUUAGUACUACAUGUUUAAAUAAAUGUCCAACGUUGAUGUAAAAUAAAGCAAAAGUCAAAUUGGGGGUGGGGGGAGAGAGAGAAAACGAUCAGUGAAUCAAGUUUUUCUGCUUCAUUUCUAUUUGAUAUUUGACUUGAGUCUGCUCUGAAGGCUUCUUAGCUCUUCCAUCUGCAACAUAAAAUAAAACUAUUUGAGUAAAUGAAAAUAAUUCUUGCUCUGUGGUCUAUAAUUUAAAAUAAAUCUGAAAAGACAUUCCAAAUUUUAUUCCAUAGCCUCAAACUUUGUCAGGUGCUGACUCAAAAUCUACACUGACCUCCUCUGCUGAAUUUGUCAUGACCUCAACCAAGAAAAGGGAAGCUCACACACCUGCACCUAAGACACCCACGACGUCAUCAGCUGGGGGUGCCACGAUGUCAUCAGCCGGGGGUGCCACCUUGACUCCGAGCACUUUCUACUCAAAAAAUAAGAACAAUGUUAAACCACUUGAGACUUCUAGUGCUAAAAUGGUUACGAUUGCUUCAACUGCUUCAAAAACAGAAAAACGUAAAGCGCAUGAACCAACUGUGGUGAGAUUAUACCGGUAUCUAGUAGAAGUAUACAACUAUAAAUAAUUUACCUAGGGUCAAUGGAAUAUUCUGAUUACUAAACCGGAUAAGCCCAGAUCUUCCACUUCAGCUUACGUUUCAGGGGGGAGCAUGCAGGGGGGAGGUAAUCAGGGUUAGAUUUGGACAGCAUAUUCAAGGCGAGUUAUUAAUGAUAGAUAAUAGAAUUUUUAGAUUGAAUGUCACCAUUUCUAUCUGUGGGACAUUUCUAUUUGUGGGACAUGAUUAAAAGAUGAAACUUUGUGAGUUCAAAUGGUUACGAUUUCUUCAACUGCUUCAAAAACAGAAAAACGUAAAGCGCAUGAACCAACUGUGGUGAGAUUAUACCGGUAUCUAGUAGGAGUAUACAACUAUAAAUAACUUACCUAGGGGCAAUGGAAUAUUCUGAUUACUAAACCGGAAAGUAAUUUCUCAGUUUAAAUCAGCGGUUCUCAACCUGUGGGUCGCGACCCCUUUAUGGGUCGCGGGACCCUUUUCCAGGGGUCGUCAAGACCAUCUGAAAACAUAUAUCCUUACAGCUAUGAAGUAGCAACGAAAAUAAUUGUGUGGCUGGGGGGUUGCCACGACACGAGAAACUGUAUUAAGGGGUCGCGGCACGAGAAAUGUUGAGAACCACUGGUUUAAAUGAACACAUACGAACUCUUCCUACUGUAUGCCAAUAAACUGACAUUUUAAAACUGACUCUAGGAAGUGCCUACGAAAUCAUUGGCUUAGUUUAUAAAGUUGUAAUUUACAUUUAUUUUCUUAAACUUCAUGUUUUGUAAUACAACAAAACAUCUUCUACUACCCCAGAAAUAAAUUUAUGCCUUGUUGAUGUUGGGUUUGAAUCAUUGAUUGGAUGUAUGCUUAUGAAUGGGAUUUUUAUAUAAGUAUCUUUAUAGGGAAGGGAGAUAAAUUUGUUUACCAAGUGUAACUACAAAAGAUUUGUUAAUAUUUUAAUUUUUAUUUUCUUGAUUUUUAACUGAUAUCAAAAUGAAUGCCCUAAAUUAUAGUUUGUUUUCUGACAUUUGGAUUAGUGGGCUAGAAUGUCAAUCAGUUCUAUCAACAAACAGUUAAGAUUAUACAUCUCCUAAGGAUUAGUGAUAGAUUUGUACAUUUUCAGUUUGACAUUAAUCCUUACCAGCACUUUAACUUGUUUCUGAAAACCAUCUAAAAAUAGACAACAUUUAUUUAGGGAAACAUAAAGUUUUUCCACAACUUUAUGGCUUUAAUUAUAUUACAAUUGAAUGAAACGAGUACUUAGUGGAUUGUAUCAGUAGUUAUUAAUGAAAAUGAGUACCUUAUGACAUCUCUAAGAAUUAUGAUGAUUCUGAUAUUGGGUAUUCCCAAUUUCAUUUGCCUUCCUCAGAAACUGGAGUGUGUAUAAUAACUCUGAAUUAAUCAAUAAUGAUGGCGAAUGUGCAAGGAACUUGCUGAGAUUGGGUUUUCCCAAUUUCUAUGUCACUAGAUUCUAUUUCAGUUUCUAUAUUCUCAGCAGUUCUUCUGUAUAAACUGAAGUGUCAGUUUGAGUUCAUGUCAAACUCAUGAAUUUAUGUCAAUACCUGAUUGAUACCUAUGUGACUUAAUUCUUUGGUCUACCACUGAUUAAAUCUUUAUACCUUCUACCUGUAGACAAAUCUGAAGCGACCUCUGUUACCAGCAGAGUUUGGGGGUAAAGUUCCAACCAAUGUUCGCCAACGAUACCUAAAUCUUAUGAUAGAUGAGUUUUUAAAGUUUAAUCCAGAGGACACAGCAUUUACCAAGGUAAGGUCAACGUUAAGCCAGAGAAUGAUUUUUUAAAGUUUAUUUAAAGAAUUGUUGAAUUGAAUUUUUCAGUUGCUAAACUUGCUUUGAAAUAUACACAGUAGGGUAAGAAUGUAAAAUUUUUGUAAAAAGAAUAUGUUGUUUGUCUUGGAUAUUUCUUCUCCUUCUAUAUGUUAUAUUGUACACAUCUCUUUCUGUAUGUUAUAUUGUACAUAUCUAUUUCUAUAUAUUGUUAUAUUGUACAUAUAAAUCUCUGAGCAUUGUUGGUACCUAUCCUUAGAAUAUCAGAGUUUUAGCCAGAGUUCAAAUUGAAUGAAUUAAAUUGAAGCCCAAUUCGUUUAGUUAACGUCUGUUACUAUCAGUCAAGAUAAAUCAUCUUUCUCUUUAAUAUCUACUUUCUCAUAAAUUAUCUUAAAAUAUUAUUUAAAUUUGUUGUUGUUGCCUAUUUAACAAUAUUUCUACUGCUUACUAUUUAACUAUAUUGCUACUGCUAACUAUUUAACAAUAUUGCUACUGCUAACUAUUUAACUAUUUUGCUACUGCUGACUAUUUAACUAUAUUGCUACUGCUAACUAUUUAACUAUAUUGCUACUGCUAACUAUUUAACUAUAUUGCUGCAACAAACUAUUUAUCCCUGAGAAAAUUAACGGUGGAAGAAAUUUAUUUCAGGGCCAAGAUGAAGAACAAACUGUAUAUGCCAGGGCUUCCAACAAGAAUAUUUACCUCAGACUUGCGGUCAACGCGAUAAAACGGAUCAGGAUGGAGGCAAAUGAGUCACAGCCAUCUUCAUCCAAAAAGUUAUGCCCGGGCGUGUCCAGUUUAUCGUCAAUGGCAGCUCUACCAUCACAUGCGAUGCAGUCUCAUGCGACGACUCUCGGUGGGUCACUUGCUGCCAGGACAAGCUUUACUUUGAACAGAUCUGGUCCUGCCGUUAAACAUGGAACCUUUAAAGGUUUGUCCCUGGUCCAGUGCAUACAUGCUAAAACUGAUACACAUUGAGUAAACCAUUACACUUUAUGAGUAAAGCAUUACACUUUAUGAGUAAACCAUUACACUUUAUAAGUAAACCAUUACACUUUAUGAGUAAACCAUUACACUUUAUGAGUAAACCAUUAUACUUUAUGAGUAAACCAUUACACUAUAUUACACAUUGAGUAAACCAUUACACUUUAUGAAUAAACCAUUACACUUUAUGAGUAAACCAUUACACUUUAUGAGUAAAGCAUUACACUAUAUUACACAUUGAGUAAACCAUUACACUUUUUUACACAUUGAGUAAACCAUUACACUUUAUGAGUAAACCAUUACACUUUAUGAGUAAACCAUUACACUUUAUGAGUAAACCAUUACACUUUAUUACACAUUGAGUAAAGCAUUACACUUUAUGAGUAAACCAUUACACUGUAUGAGUAAACCAUUACACUUUUUACACAUUGAGUAAACCGAUUCACUUUAUGAGUAAACCAUUACAAUUUAUUACACAUUGAGUAAACCAUUACACUUUAUUACACAUUGAGUAAACCAUUACACUUUAUUACACAUUGAGUAAACCAUUACACUUUAUGAGUAAACCAUUACACUUUGUUACACAUUGAGUAAACCAUUACACUUUAUUACACAUUGAGUAAACCAUUACACUUUAUGAGUAAAGCAUUACACUUUAUUACUCAUUGAGUCAACCAUUACACUUUAUUACACAUUGAGUAAACCAUUACACUUUAUUACACAAUGAGUGAAGAAUUACACUUUGUUACACACUGAGUAAACAAUUACACUUUAUUACACAUUGAGUCAACCAUUACAUUUUAUUACACAUUGAGUAAACCAUUAUACUUUUUUACACAUUGAGUAAACAAUUACACUUUAUUACACAUUGAGUCAACCAUUACAUUUUAUUACACAUUGAAUAAACCAUUAUACUUUAUUACACUUAUAAUAAACCAUUACACUUUAUUGCACAUUGAAUAAACCAUUACAAUUUAUUACACAUUGAGUAAACCAUUACUCUUUAUUACACAUUGAGUAAACCAUUAUACUUUAUUACACUUAUAAUAAACCAUUACACUUUUUUACACAUUGAGUAAACCAUUACAAUUUAUUACACAUUAAGUAAACCAUUACUCUUUAUUACACAUUGAGUAAACCAUUACACUUUAUUACACUUAUAAUAAACCAUUACACUUUUUUUACACAUUGAGUAAACCAUUAUAAUUUAUUAGACAUGUAAUAAACUAUUACACUUUAUUACACAUCGAGUUAACCAUUACACUUUAUUACACAUUAAAUAAACCAUUAUACUUUAUUACACAUGUAAUAAACCAUUAAACUUUAUUACACAUUGAGUAAACCAUUACAUUUUAUUACACAUAGAGUAAACCAUUAUACUUUAUUACACAUGUAAUAAAUCAUUACACUUUGUUACACAUUGAGUAAACCAUUAUAAUUUAUUAGACAUGUAAUAAACCAUUACACUUUAUUACACAUCGAGUUAACCAUUACACUUUAUAACACAUUGAAUAAACCAUUAUACUUUAUUACACAUGUAAUAAACCAUUACACUUUAUUACACAUUGAGUAAACCAUUACACUUUAUGAGUAAAGCAUUACACUUUAUUACUCAUUGAGUCAACCAUUACACUUUAUUACACAUUGAGUAAACCAUUACACUUUAUUACACAAUGAGUGAAGAAUUACACUUUGUUACACACUGAGUAAACAAUUACACUUUAUUACACAUUGAGUCAACCAUUACAUUUUAUUACACAUUGAAUAAACCAUUAUACUUUAUUACACUUAUAAUAAACCAUUACACUUUAUUGCACAUUGAAUAAACCAUUACAAUUUAUUACACUUAUAAUAAACCAUUACUCUUUAUUACACAUUGAGUAAACCAUUAUACUUUAUUACACAUUAAGUAAACCAUUACAAUUUAUUACACAUUGAGUAAACCAUUACUCUUUAUUACACAUUGAGUAAACCAUUAUACUUUAUUACACUUAUAAUAAACCAUUACACUUUGUUACACAUUGAGUAAACCAUUACACUUUUUUUCACAUUGAAUAAACCAUUAUAAUUUAUUAGACAUGUAAUAAACCAUUACACUUUAUUACACAUUGAGUUAACCAUUUCACUUUAUUACACAUUAAAUAAACCAUUAUACUUUAUUACACAUGUAAUAAAUCAUUACACUUUGUUACACAUUGAGUAAACCAUUACACUUUAUUACACAUUGAAUAAACCAUUACACUUUAUAACACAUUGAAUAAACCAUUAUACUUUAUUACACAUGUAAUAAACCAUUACACUUUUUUUUACACGCUGAGUAAACCAUUACACAAUAAUGUAGUUGAGGUCAUAACAUCAAUGACUUUGUUCCAGUGUAUUUUUGAAUGACAAUUCAGUAACACUACUGUAGGGUCUCUGUUUGUAUCUUGUUAUUUCCCUUUAUUAAGAGCAUCAGCUUCGGCAGUGAGUUUUGCUUUUGGCAAUAAAUCCUUUUUUUUCCUUCUUUUUUUCUUAUAUUUUUUGAAAAUGAGAGGAUCCUAGAUUAAAAAAAACGUUUUGUUUGGAACAUUUUUAAAUUAUCAGUCUAUCACAAAAAAGGACUUACAGUAUACUGGUAUGCUCAUUAUUAAGUCUGGUCAUUCAUAUUGUAACACACCAACCCCUACAUCCCCCCCCCCUUCCCCCGAGAUGCCCGCCUAUUUUUAGACAGGAUAAGUCUGAAAAUUGUGUAAUUUGCUAAUGAGCAAUCCCAUAAAAGACUAGCUAAAGUCAGCAAAAAGUUAUCAAAGAAUACCUAAAAUAAGAGGAAGCUUGUGCUAAAAGAAGACAAACAAAAGUUAUACCAUCUACUCUGGGUAUCUUUGGUUUUUUUAUAUGUUAUAUGGUAACACAAUGACCAAUAACAAAUUUUCACUAAUAUAAAAAUUUGGUUAAAAAUGACAUUAAAACUUUAUUUAAUUUAAAGAAGAAAACAAAUCAAAUGAAUAAUUAAGGCAGCGGUUCUCAACCUGUGGGUCGCGACCCUUUUGGGGGUGGCGCGCCUCUUGUAAGACCAUCUGAAGACACAUAUACUCCACAGUUAUAAAGUAUUAAUGAAAAUAAUUUUGUGAUUGGGGGUCGCCACAACAUGAGGAAAUAUAUUAAAGGGUCGCGGCAUUAGAAAGGUUGAGAACCACUGAAUUAAGGUAACUCAAGUGUAUUUUUAGCUUCUUUUAACAUAUUAGAGAGUGUACAGUAGAUUAGAACCUCAUCAUUCUACAAUAACAGUUUACUAUUCUAUGUACCUAGGGAAAAUUAUAAAAAUCUCCUAUGCCUGGCUCAUUAGCUGAUCACUACUUAUUCCCCUGAAAUAGUUCUAGAAAGAGUCAGAACUAGUAAAUAUGAUACAUUAAUAUUAAUGGAAAUUUUUAUAUCAAUUUUCUUUAGAAAAUUUUCUUUAGUAUUUUUUAUAAAAAGUUUGAAUGGGCCUUAUCUUUGUUUUAGGUGCAGAGCUCUAUGAAAGAUUACGACGGUAUAUUUUGACCGAACAGCAACUCAGAGACAAUGGCUUUCCACGACCAUCACCUGAUGGGAGCAAUAAGGUUAUUUUUUAUAAAAUGGAGACAAAAGAUAAUUUUUUGAAAGGUGAGGGACAUGCCUGACUGUUUAAUAGAAAAAAUAUUUUUUAAACCAUUUUCUAUAUUUAUUUGUGAGAAUGCUUAAACAUUUUAUAAAUUGCAGGUGAUUUUUAUUUAUGUUUUGCAUUUAAUAUUUUCAUGGGGAUGCUGUAGAGCAUUGGUUCCCAAUCUGUGUACCCCUAGGUGUACGAGGUAAACGCUUCGGGUAGGCAAAAAAUUUAUAGAUGAAUGCAAAAAGAAAUUGCCAAAAAAACUUCAAUUACACUCCUUCCUAUAUGAGAAUAUGAGCAGCUAAAUUUAAACAACCAGUAUGUUAAUAACAUAUGUUAUCCAAAAAAAUAUUUUUAGAAUUAAAUUAAUAAUGAGAAUAUUGUAUUUUUGUAUUCAUCCGAUGUUGAUAGAGUGUAUUUUUGUAUUAAUUCGAUGUUGAUAGAGUAUUUUUAUUGAUAUUUUACAGGGUUAUUUUUAAACCAAAUAUUAUAUUGCAAUAUUUAUUUCUCAGACUGGUUUUGCUACAUUAUUAUUAUUAUUAGUGGUGAUUUUAUAUAGCGUGAUACCCCAACCGAGGGCUGGGCUCACCACGCUGUACAUAUAAUUUAACAAACAUAAUCAUGAACUUGAAAAUUAACAUACCUUAAUUAAAUAAAACCAAACAAAUGUAUAUUCACUCCACACAUUCAAGAACUAUUUACAUGUCUAGCCAUGGACGGCUAGUCAGCAGCAUCGUUUAUCGUUCAGAGGGGGGAAUCAGUCAGGAUAGUGUAACUAAAAGAAAAAAAAAUUAAACUAGUAAAAAAUAAAUAAAUGCCAAUAAAUUUCAUUAGCUUUAUUUGAUCAUUAGCAACAUAUUUCUUAAUACUUUUUAGGGAUAAGUGGUGUAAGGGAAAGUGUGGGUGUGGAGUGGGCUUCUGGUUAGUGAAGUCUAUUCAGGUGUACAAGAGAAAAACAGGGCUGGGAACUGCUGCUAUAGAGUAGAUUAAUGAUAACUCAAACCAUUUGUGUCAAUAAAACAAUUUAGGUUCAGCUUUAAUAAUGAUUAUACAGAAUACAGUAUCUAGGUUAUUGGCCACCAGGAAGUCUCUCAUCCUCAGGCCACCAGAACCUAUUGCAGCUGCUGUCACUUCUCACCAGAUAUUUUAGCAAGCUGUCACAUCGCCUAAGGUCUAUGAUAAAGUCACUUUGCAAUUUUUCUCCCAUGCCAAGUUGGCUGUUGAUUUCUGCACAGCUUUAUUUUUUUUUGUUACCUUUGGUUUUGUCCAUACCCAGCCAGGGUGGCCACAUGGCAUGGCAGCAUUACCAUACUUCCAUAGCUGCAAAUAACACCUGGUUUAUUUCUUCAAGUAUUUGGUCGUCGUGGUGCAACCUUUGGACCUUACGUCAGAUGUGGUGGCACUAUUGCACCACAGGGCUCAAUAGACAUUUUUUUAAAUGAGCGAUAUUAAAAAGAAAUUAUGAUUUUAGACAGAUCUAUUUUGUUCCUUUUCAGUUAAAUAAAUAUUUUCUUAAAACUUUAUAUGUUAAUAUUGUGAAGAAGGUUGUUGGUAUUUUCAUAUUGUUAUAAUCACCCGAGUGAACAUAACUUUCAGAUAAUGAAAGAACUUGCAGACGUUGUGGUAAAAGAUAUUUUGUCACCAAAGAUGGUAGCCCAGCAAUGCAAGACAAAUGUAUAUAUCACCACGGCCGGGCUUUCCAAAAGAAAGGUAACCGCUCAUGGCAACAGGGAAAAUAGGAAAACAUUUGCCCGAUGAUGAUUUAAUGUUAAUUUGUUAUUUUACAUCAUUUUGGUUAGAGGAUAUUUCAAACUUCAUGUUUCCAUGUAUACCAGCAUUUAGAAAUCUAAUUCCCUUAAUAAUAUGACACCAGAGAAGCCAGUUUUUGUUAUUGAAAAGUUAAAGUUGACAGUAUGUGAACAUUUCAUUAAAAACAUUGUGCACUUAUCUACAUCGAUGAUGGACCAAGAAAUGUUUUCUCAUUGACUCUCCAUAAAUUGCAGCAAUUUGUAAGAGCUUUUUUCAAAAAAAAAAAAAAAAAAAAAAAAAAAAAAAAAAAAAAAAAAAAAAAAAAAAAAAAAAAAUAGAAAACUUGAGGAAGGCUUUUGAUACUUGUCAAUAUUAGUCUCUUGUUUUAGGAGUCAUCAUUUGAGUGCAUGUGCACUAUUAGAUCUGGACAUUUUGUAAGCAUGUCAAAAGUUUUUGUUCAUUGUAAUAUUUGUAGAUGUAAAGAUCACAUCCUACAUAGUGUAACGCAUAAAACAAAUUUGAUAACUUUUAGCAUUGGGAGAAAGACCUGAAAGUUUAAAAUCUAAUCCAAUAUUAGUCUGAAAUUUCUGGCAACCCCCUUUUUUUUUACACGUUCAAUACAAGAAAUUGUUUCCCAGCAUGUUUCAAAAUGGGAUGUAAAAUAUGUCCACAGUUUAAAUUUAAUCUGAAAUCGUAAAUAUUGUUUUAAGUCCCGGUUCUGUGCUCCACAGUGGCAGGGUUCGUUGACUCACGUUAUUCUUGUUGUAAUGAGAGACAAGAUAACAAGGGAUGCCAGGUGGCCGAGGUGAGAUUUUAGUUGUUUUAAGAUUAAUUUUUGGGGUCUGUUAGCAACAUAAAUAUUUACCAAAGACUUCAUAAAUGUUAUCUCAAACAAUCCAUUGCCAAAUUGCAAUUCAACUUUCUCUUGAUGCUCACACUAUUUCUGAUCUUCGUUUUAUUUUCUUAUUUACCAUAAAAUCUGGUGUUUAUUUUUGUCAUUGUGCACUUGUGUAAAACCACCCUCACCAUCAUAAUCCACUCUCACCAUCCUAAUCCACUCUCACCAUCCUAAUCCAUCCCUCACCAUCCUAAUCCACCCUCACCAUCCUAAUCCACCAUCACCAUCCUAAACCACCUCUCCAUCCUAAUCCACUCUCACCAUCCUAAUCCACCCUCACCAUCCUAAUCCACCCUCACCAUCCUAAUCCACCCCUCACCAUCCUAAUCCACCCUCACCAUCCUAAUCCACCCUCACCAUCCUAAUCCACUCUCACCAUCGUAAUUCACUCUCACCAUCCUAAUCCCAUAAUAAUAUUUAUAUUAUGUUUUCCAUGACUUUGUAACAUAUUUUUCACAAAUUUAUGUCAAGUCUGUUUUGUUACUUGUAGGUGUCAGAAAUUUGAGGCGGAAAAAUAUUGCCACUUGGGCGCAUGACUGGGACCAGCUUAAUUUCUAAUUGGAGGAUUUUUUUGUCAAAACUGCUCCAUGGACAUAAAAAUUAUAUAUAACUAAUUAUUUAGUAACAGUCUAUUUGAUUUUCAAGUGCUGACUUGUAGCACAUUUAACGAAGUUCUUACAUUUUGAUCAGUGCCAUGUCAAUGAGAAGAACAAGACAGACAACCUGACUGGUUACAUGAGGACUCUGCCAUCAGGGGGAGAUAAGGACUUCAAAAUUUACUCCAUGGAUUGUGAAAUGGUAACAUGAUAUAAUAUCUAUAUCUAUCAAACAUCAGCAUAAAUGGCUGACACCUUCCAAAACUAAUCAAAUCUCAUAAUGCCCUCAGUAUUACUUCUGUAACUUAUGAAAAUAAUUCUCGUUAAAUUUAGGUCAAAUGAAUUUAGUUAUUGUUUCCCUUUUGUUACAAAAUAUUUCAAAUUUUUACUUCAAGUUUCUCAACUCUCAAAUAAAAAUGCCGUUUUAGGAACCUUUAGAUAUUAAACACACGUUGUCAUUAUGUUCAAGUUUUUGCUAGACUUUGAUGGCCUUGUGUUCCAAGAAUAUGAAAUGUCAGUGUCGCCAUCUUGCACAUUUGUUAGCACCUAAUUCAUUUUUGGCAUCCAGGUUUAUACAAAAGCUGGCCUGGAACUGGCCAGGGUCACGGUUGUUGAUGAAGAUUGUAAAACGGUGUACGAAACCUUCGUUAAACCUGAAACAGAAAUUAUCGACUACAACACCAGGUAGGUCUGCCAUCUUUUUCUUUUUAUGUUGUUCAUGCAUCUGAGAGGACUGUACUUUGAACAGACUUGAACGAAACUUUUUUUUUUAAAAACUCUUUUCGUUUAUUCGACCUUGUUUCACAUACUAGUAGCUGUAAAAGAAACUAACGUUUUGUUCUUUCCGUCCUCAGAUUCAGUGGCAUCACAGCGGCCGAUAUGGUGGGGGUCAGCACCAAUCUACUGGGGGUCCAGGCGGUCAUGUUGAGCAUGGUUUCAGACAAGACAAUUUUAAUUGGACACAGUUUGGAGAGUGACCUUGUUGCACUGAAGGUGAGUCCAUCCAUGGUGUGACUCCAAAUCUGAGUCAGUGAGUCUUUUCCAUGGUUUGACUCCAAAUCUGAGUCAGUGAGUCUUUUCCAUGGUGUGACUCCAAAUCUGAGUCAGUGAGUCUUUUCCAUGGUGUGACUCCAAAUCUGAGUCAGUGAGUCUUUUCCAUGAUGUGACUCCAAAUCUGAGUCAGUGAGUCUUUUCCAUGGUGUGACUCCAAAUCUGAGUCAGUGAGUCUUUUCCAUGGUUGGACUCCAAAUCUGAGUCAGUGAGUCCAUCCAUGGUGUGACUCCAAAUCUGAGUCAGUGAGUCUUUUCCAUGGUGUGGCUCCAAAUCUGAGUCAGUGAGUCUUUUCCAUGGUGUGACUCCAAAUCUGAGUCAGUGAGUCAUCAGUUGGCCAUAUCAAUUCAUUGUGCAUUCUUGAUCUGAUGGCACCUUAACUUCUGGUAAUAUUUACUAAUAUUCUAGGACCAUGGGCCCUUUAUUAUAGGAAAGAAUGGGUGCUUGUGUUUGGUCACACAUUGCUUUCAAGCCUUGAAGAGCUUAUAUUUCCCGGUCAUUUGUAAAGUAAUUUAGUUCAUACUAUUUUUACCUUUCCCAGUCUUUUUUUACAGUCAUCUGCAGCAACUUAUUAUUAAAAAUAGGUACUAUGGUAUUAACGUCUCUCUCAAUUUUUUUUUUAAAUUGUCAAUUUUUGUUGUUGUUGAUGACCAUCAAAAUAAUUGUUGCAUAUAAGGUAUGUUGAUCAGUUUGAUAUUUUUGUGUUUUUUCUCCUUCCAUCAGCUAAUACAUAGCACAGUUGUGGACACAUCGCUGGUAUUUCCACAUCGAUUGGGUCCACCGUACAAAAGAGCUCUCAGGAAUCUCAUGGUUGAAUUGUUACAGAAAAUUAUUCAAGCAGACGGUAAGUUGAGGUCAAUGAGCUGA